AAAAAAAAAAAAUAGGCAUAAUGAGUAAAAGAGAGGCAUAUAAUGUGCAAAUUCUUGGACAGGAACUUUAUGAUAAAGUUGCUUCCAGUAAAAUUCUUUUAGUUGGUGCAGGUGGUAUUGGCUGUGAAUUAUUAAAAAAUCUUGUAAUGUCAGGUUUUAAAGAUAUUGUUGUGAUCGAUUUGGAUACUAUUGAUAUUUCAAACUUGAAUCGACAAUUUCUAUUUCAAAGACAUCAUGUAAAGAAGGCAAAAGCUCACGUUGCCAGAGAAUCAGCACUCAAAUUUAAUCCUGCAGCGAAUAUUGUUUCUCUUCAGGCUAAUAUUAAAGAACCUCAAUUUAAUGUUCAAUGGUUUAAACAAUUUACAAUGGUUUUAAAUGCUUUAGAUAAUUUGGAUGCCCGUAGACAUGUUAAUACUAUGUGUUUAGCAGCAGAUGUUCCACUUGUUGAAUCUGGAACUCAAGGUUAUCUUGGACAAGCCUAUGUGAUUAAGAAAUACGAGACCGAAUGCUUUGAAUGUCAACCUAAACCUACACCUACAACCUAUCCUGUAUGUACCAUUAGAAGCACACCAAGUGCUCCUAUUCACUGUAUUGUAUGGGCCAAAAGCUUUUUAUUUAGUCAAUUAUUUGGUAAUUCAGAAGAUGAAGAAGUAUUUGACAAUGAUAAGUCUGAAGACAAUGCACAAGAAUUAGAGGCAUUAGCUAGAGAGACAGCAGAAUUAAAAACAAUAAAAGAAGCAGCAGGGUCUUCUGACUAUGCACGAAAAGUAUUUGAAAAAGUCUUUAAUAUCGAUAUUCAACGACUCUUAUCAAUGGAUUCUAUGUGGAAGAAUCGAACAAGGCCUACACCACUUGAUUAUGAUACAUUAGAGAAAAACACAAAGCUUAUGGCAGAGGAUGAAGCAUCAACAGGACUUGCUGAUCAAAAAGUAUGGAGUCUAAAUGAAAACUUUAAAGUAUUUAAUGAUAGUGUAGUUCGAUUAUCGAAGCGUUACUUGAAGGAAAGAGAGGUUCAACCUGAUGCUAUUUUGUCAUUCGAUAAAGAUGAUGACGAUGCAAUGGAUUUUGUAACAGCUGCCUCAAAUUUAAGAGCCUAUAUCUUUCAUAUACCAACAAAGAGUUUAUUUGAUGUUAAAUCUAUGGCAGGAAAUAUUAUCCCAGCUAUUGCUACUACAAAUGCGGUUAUUGCUGGCUUUGUUAUUAUGAAAGCAUAUGGUAUAUUACGAGGAAAUAUCAAAGAUAUUCCUAGAACAUAUCUUACAACUGGUUCACGUCUUGUUCAAGAAGCAAAUGUUCAACCUAAUCCAAACUGUGGUGUAUGUAAAUCUAGAGGUUCAACAGCAUUAGUUAACUUUGAGAAAACAACCUUAAACGAUUUAAUUAAUCAAGUUAUUCUAUUAAAACAAGAAAAGGGGGGCGCAGAGAUGAAUAAGGAUGAAUUAAGUGUUUUACAAGGAAGUAAACUCAUUUACGACGCAUUUGAAGAAGAAGUACAGUUAGCAGAUAAGCCAUUACAUGAAAUUGGAUUAUAUCCUGGUAGUAUUUUACGUUUUCAAGACGAUGAAACUGAUGUUGAUCUUAUUUUAGAAACUAUUUUAAGUGAAAAACGAGUAGAACUAUUAAACCCUAUCCCCAAGACUAAUAUAUUAAAUAAUACAAGAAAGCGUAAAUUAGAAGAAGAAGCUUUACCAAAAGAAAUGAAUAAGAAAGUAAAGAUAGUUUCUGAAGUAGUUGAUAAUAUAAUUAUACUUGAUGAAGAAGAGGACAUUGUUUUAUUAGACUAACUUAUACAUACACGUGAUACAUUAUUAAAUCAUAUUUGUCUUUUAUGCGAAAAAAUAAAA